AUGAUUUCUUCAACGGUACCUCUAGGCACCUACUGCCUGGCAGCAGCCGCAUUCGGGCUCACAUCGCAUUUGACCUACUGGAUACGUGGACACCGGGUCCGCCACGCCACAUGGACCUUCCUAUGCCACCUGGCUGCGCUCUUCAUCCUUGGUUGGAAGCUGACCAAGGCGCAGGGCAGCUUGAAAAAUGGCCUUUUGGCGACUGCUGCCAUCUUCUUCUGUUACCUGGGGUCUCUGUUCACCAGCAUUACAGUCUACCGUGUCUUUUUCCACCGGCUCGCCCGCUUCCCAGGACCUUUUGCUGCUAAGGUCACCAAGCUCUAUGGGAUCUAUGCCGCCCGGAAUUCUCAGGUCAAUGACCAUCACACGUCCCUCAUGCGUCAGUAUGGCGACUUUGUCCGCAUUGCUCCCAACGAGCUCAUGGUCAUGGCUCCCGAGGCCCUGUUUAAGGUGCAGGGCAUGACAAGCAAAUGUUCCAAGAAGAACACGGGAAUCUUUGACAUUCUGCAUUCUCAAGGAGAUCGCAUGAUUGUCGCGCUGCUGGACAAGGACGAGCACAUUGCCCGCCGCAAGAUCUGGAAUCAAGCUUUAGAUACAAAGUUGCUCCCGCAGUAUGAACCCAAGAUCCGCCAAGAGGUCAUGCUGUGGCUCGAUACGCUCUCCAAGAUCGAUGGACCGAUAGACGUCACUCAUUACAUGAUGCUACUUUCCUUUGACCUCACCGGAGCUGUGGGAUACUCUGCAGAUUAUCAAACCAUCAAGACCGGUAAAGAAAACAGGACGCUCCAUCUGCUAGAGGCCAGCUUCAAGCCGUUUGGGAAGCUGGGAUUUCUUGCCUGGCCGGUGCAGAUUGCUCUCGAACUCGGGUUUGCCAAGGAGCAAAAGGAGUUCGAGGAGCUCUCGGUCAGGACGGUCAACAAGCGAGUAGCGGAGGACUCCGAAGACAGGCUGGACAUACUCAAAUACUUCCUCCAGGACUUUAAAAACAAGCAGACAUCAUUCAGGUCAAUGAACUCUUUGUAUACAGAGUCGCAAGCAAUUCUUAUUGGAGCAACGGAUUCCACCUCGGGAACCAUGGCAUGGAUUCUAUUCUACCUCGUCAAGCACCCCACAGUGCAGGCGCAGCUGCUAAAAGAGAUAGAGCCGGUCUUUGGCAAGACCACGCCUGGCGAGUUUGCCGACGCCGAUCUGCGCGGCCUGCCCUUCCUCCAAGCAGUCAUCGACGAGACCCUGCGGCUGCAGCCCCCGGCUGGCAACGGCAGCGCCCGAAUGACGCCGCCCGAGGGGAUCGAGAUCGCCGGCACGCACAUCCCCGGCGAGGUGAGUGUUUGGGUGCCGAUCCGGGCGCAGCAGCGCGACGGGCGAUUUUUUGUCUACCCCGACGAUUUCAUCCCCGAGCGGUGGACGACGCGGCCUGAGCUCGUUUUGGAGCGCCGCGCGUACGCGCCCUUCAAUACAGGUCGAUGGAGCUGUGUUGGGAAGCAAUUGUCUCUCGUGAUUAUGCGCAUGGUGAUUGCCCAUACCUUGUGGCAUUUUGAACCAAGCUUUGCCCCUGGAGAAGACGGCAACGACAUCGCACUGAAGCGUCAGGAUUUGAUUAUUGCCAGGCCUGGGAAGCUUGAACUGAAGUUUACCCCGCGGAAACGUGCUAUUUGACAGGGUCUCAGAUAUAUGCUUUUCUGCUGUGGGUGUAUCCUAGACUUUGUGUUUCUCUAGCGUUGGUAAAUCACGGUAUAGGCCUAAAUCCCAACAUUUUUGUACAGUAUAACAGAACAUAAAUUUGCUUUACAGCUGACUAAUUACGAG